AUGAUCAAUUGUCUCCGUGCCCCUGUCCGUCGCGCCGCAAUUCGGUCGCGUCGCCAUGCCUCGGCCGAGAGUCUGCAGUGGGCCGCCGCCUUGAACAAACCGCUAGCAGACACAGACCCUGCGCUAUUUGACAUCAUUGAGCGCGAGAAACAGCGCCAGCGGAACUGCAUCAGCCUCAUUGCGUCGGAGAACUGUACGUCGGUGGCAGUGCUGGAUGCGCUGGGCUCAGUCAUGUCGAACAAGUACUCGGAAGGGUAUCCAGGCCAGCGAUACUAUGGUGGGAACCAGAUCAUCGACCAAGCCGAGGAGCUCUGCCGUGCUCGUGCACUUGAGGCUUUCAAUCUGGACCCCGAGCAGUGGGGAGUCAAUGUCCAGUCGCUGUCCGGCUCGCCCGCGAACUUCCAAGUGUACACGGCUCUGUUGAAUCCACACGACCGUAUCAUGGCACUGGAUUUGCCGCACGGUGGCCACUUGUCGCACGGCUACCAGCUUGGCCGGAAGAAGAUCUCGGCCACGUCCAUUUACUUUGAGAGCAUGCCAUACCGUCUGGACGAAAGCACGGGUCUCAUUGACUACGACGGUCUCGAGGAGACGGCCGCGCUAUUCAGACCCAAGCUGAUUAUUGCAGGCACCAGCGCGUACUCGCGUCACAUUGAUUACGCGCGUAUGCGUGAGAUCUGUGACCAGCAGGAAGCCGUGCUGCUUGCCGACAUAGCGCACAUUAGCGGCUUGGUAGCGGCUGGAGUCGUGCCCACGCCAUUCAAAUACGCGGACGUGGUGACCACAACGACCCACAAGUCACUUCGCGGCCCGCGCGGCGCCAUGAUCUUUUACCGGAAGGGUCUGCAUCACGUAGACAAGAAGAGCGGGAAGGACGUCAUGUACGACUUGCAGCAGAAGAUUGACUUUGCUGUGUUUCCGGGUCUUCAGGGUGGGCCGCAUAACCACACGAUUGCUGCAUUGAGCACGGCCUUGCUGCAAGCUCAAAGCCCCGAGUUCAAGUCGUACCAGUCGCAAGUGCUUGCGAACUCCCGCGCACUCGUGGCAGAGCUGACGAAGCGUGGCUACGUGAUCGUCUCGAAUGGCACGGAUAACCACUUGGCUCUAGUGGAUGUGAAGAAGUCACGCAAUGUGGAUGGCGCUCGCGUUGAGUUCGUGCUUGAGAGCACCAACAUGGUUGUGAACAAGAACACGGUGCCUGGUGACAAGAGUGCGUUUGUUCCAGGUGGCAUUCGCCUGGGUGCGCCUGCACUGACUACACGCGGCUGCACGGAGGAAGAUUUCCAGCAGGUAGCUGCCUUCCUUGAUGAAGGGGUGACGCUCACGGCAGAGCUGAAUGAGCGUGCUCGCGCUCAGGGCGUGAAAAAAGUGAAGGACUUUAAGGAGUUUGUCGUGGAUGAUGCCGAGGCGAAAGAAAAGAUGGACGUGCUCAAGCGCGAUGUGACUGCGUUCGUCCGCAAAUUCCCCACUAUUGGCUUUAGCGAAGACGACAUGAAAUACAAGGACUAG